GCUCGUGCGUACCAGGGAUGUUUGAAAUGAGGAACCGAAAUGAGAAGUUAAUAAUCAGGGGAACCCAAAAGAAGUCAUAUUGGAAGAUUAAUUUAGAGUAAAAUGCGUCAGAAAUCUCUGUAAUUUCAAGGUCACGGGUUAGUUUUUUGUACUGGAGCUGAAAUUCAAGUACCGACUUGUAUGUUUCUUCGCUAUGACAAACACAAAGACCGAGGAGUGGAAAAUGAGUAUUGGGACUCUCAACGAAGAAGUCUUAAAAAAACUGUCAAAGAUGUUGGACAACUCCACUUGCGGAUGGAGAAAGUUAGCCACCGCAGCGGCGGAACACCCAAAAUUCCUCUGCAGUGAAAAAGAACUGACGAGCUGCUCACUUCAGGUUCUGGACGCUGGAGGCAGCCCGGCACGAACCCUGCUGGCUUGGUUAGCUGAUCGCUCCUGCUCCCUAGACUUCCUUCUCCACUGCCUGAGGAAGAUGGACCACGAGGAAGCUGUGCAGUUCCUCACCACUGCAGUGGCAGAGCUGAUCCAAAUCACGGUGCAGCCGCAGUCCCAGCAGGCAACUCAGGGGAGCAGGGUGAUACUGACCUGCAGGGCCUCUGGUCCCCCUGGACUCAGCUACCAGUGGUUCAGAGGCAAUGAGGAGAUUUUGAAUGACACUGGCAGUUCACCAGAGCUGGUUCUGUGUCCUUUGGGUCCAGCCCACCAGGGUCACUAUAUCUGUAGGAUCAACCAUGGAGAAAAAUAUGUUUUCUCCCAGUGGGUUCAUGUUGACUUGGUCAGCCAAGGUUCCAGUCCAGGCUGCAGCAGCAGCCUGUUUUCAGGCUCAGUUAGUGGGCUGCAAAUUAUUCAUCAGCCCCAGUCCCAGGCAGCAUCUGAGGGGGAUACUCUGGUCCUGGAGUGUAAAGCAGAAGCCAAUCCUCCUGCCCAGUAUGAGUGGUACCACAACAAAAAGCUCUUGCUUCAACAAAAGACAUGUGUUCUUAAAAUACCGUGUGUGACCACAGAACACAGAGGAGAAUACAGCUGUAAGGUGUUCAACUUGUAUCACCAGGCCUGGAGCGACACAGCAACAGUCACCAUUGGCCCCAGUUCAGUCAUAGAGGCCUCGUGGGUAGAAUUGGAUCGUGGUCUAAAGUCACAAGAAGUCCACAGGUCAACCUCUGGACUAGGAGCACAUCCACUACUGCAGAUGGCCAAUCUGUCCGUAUCAGCCAAGAAUUACUAUGCCACAGAUAAAGUUGCUCUUCUUAUUGGCAACAUGAACUACCUUUACCACACUCAGCUGUCUGCUCCUAUUUCUGAUGUCCAUGAGCUAACCAACCUCCUCAGACAGAUGGACUUCAAGGUGGUUUCACUGCUCGACCUCAACUGGCAGGAGAUGCAUAGCGCUGUUACUGAGUUCCUAUUGCUGCUUGACAAGGGAGUGUAUGGCCUGCUGUAUUUCGCUGGUCAUGGCUACGAGAACUACGGCAACAGUUUCAUGGUUCCCAUUGAUGCACCAGCCUCCUACACAUCGGCACAUUGUCUGUGUGUACAGAAUAUACUCACCAAGAUGCAGGAGAAAGAGACGGGCCUCAAUGUUUUCCUGCUGGACAUGUGCCGCAAAAAAAACCCAAAUGAUAUUGUAAUUGUCCAACCCGGCCUCAUCAAAGUGACAGCGAAUAUAGUGUUUGGUUAUGCCACAUGUGUUGACGCGGAAGCGUAUGAGGUGAAGCGGGAAGACGUGUCAAACGGCAUCUUCAUAAGCUUUCUCAAAAAACGAGUGUGUGAGGACGAGAAAGUCACCGUCAUGCUAGACAGAGUUGCUGAAGAUAUGGGUCGUUGUGAGAUCACGCGAGGGAGGCAGGCUCUGGAGCUACGCAGCAAUCUCUCUGAAAGACGUUCGCUCACUGAUCAGAUCCAGAUUUCUGCCUGCUCUGCAUCACAUUCAGCUCGAAACCUACAAUGGGCUGUUUCUCAUGUCCUGCCUAAGAGUCAUUGCCUCCAGUUUGACUGUGGGGUGAAGGUUCAGCUUGGAUUCGCAGCAGAAUUCUCCAACAUCAUGGUCAUCUACACUCGGAUACUUGAGAAACCUAAAGAAAUAGUUUCCUGCUCUGCUCAGCUCACUGACUUCCCAGAGGACGUGGAUGUUGACCUGAAGAAGACUAAUCAAGAGACUCUGCUUGAAGCCGGCAUUUUAUUAUUGAUUAAAGAAGAGCUUCCCUCACCAGAGGCCCCGAGUCUUUACACACGCAUCCGCAGCCUGCAGAGACUCAGGAGGGAGCUCACAUUCACUGUCUGCCUCCAUUACACUUAUUCCAACUUGGAUGAAGAGGUACAAGAAAGGCUACCAGUAACAGUGGGCAAACCACUGGUCUCCAAACUCAAUCUGCAUGAACCACGACCGUCUCACAGUUGCUCUGCCAGCACGUCCUUCAACAGCGACUCCUUUAACUUCCCAGCGUGCUCCACCUUUACUGAGGAUUUUGCCUCUGUUGAUUCUGCCUCAAAUACAUGGUCAUACUAUGCACAAACUGCCGGCCAAGUUUCCCACGCUGACUCCCAGACUUCAUCCAGAAGUGCAAAUGUCCCAGAAGAGACUGACUGUCCAGAAUUAUUUGAUUCCCCACGACCCCUUGUCGCUAGUAAAAGCUUGCCCCACAGCCAAGUAAAUGAUACAAACUACAAAUUUAGUGACAUGUACAAUUUUCAUUCCUACUAGGCAUCAUGCAUCCAUGACUGCACGAUUACAUGUCAAAAAAUAGAGAUGUGAUAGUUCAGUUUAACUUUAGCUGCCCAACUGUUCUAUGUAUGAGUUUAUUUAGCAGAUGUCUUUGUCUGAACUAUGCACUAACCAUUUAUCCUUAAACAUUUUUUGUAUCAUACUAACUACUACUACUACUAAAUGUGGAUCAACAAAUAAAGUUUAAAAAGUUUUGAAAUGCUU